GAUUAUUAUAACAUCACCGAAAACUUAUAAAUGGAUCAUUUGUUAUGCAUCAAUUGAACGUAAGUUUUUCAUAUUAUUAUUAACUAGAUUGUUAACCAUUUUAUCCAUUUGCAUUACAUGAAAGUUAUGUAAGGUAAGUUUUUUUUACAUAAGCGGAAUGGGUUUAGUUGCUAACCCCUUAAGGGGUUAGCAUCAUACUAACCACUCUAACAACCUUUAGAUCAAAAUAUUAAUCCUAGGGUUAGAAUUAAUCAGAGGAUAAUUAAGUCAAUAUGCAUCAAACCCUAAUAUAAAUACUACUAUUUUACCCUAACGGCCUCUCUCAUGAACUCACGUCUCCCUGUCUCCCCUCUCUAUCAACUAAUACACCCAACUCCAUCUCCAGCCAAAUUAACAUUGCCGCCAAGAACCGUUGAAGUCGUCGUAGUCCAAUCCGGCCGGACUCAACAUCUUCGUCUCUCCGAGCAGUCGUGGUCGAGCGAGUUCCAGAUCCAAGUCUCGCCUGUGCGAAAGCAGGAGGGGGAAGUGGUGGAGCCGGGAGUAUCGAUGUUAAUUCUGCCGCUACGAGAAGCCCAUUCUCGUCCCUCUACCUCGUCGCCGUCGCGCUCCAUCGAUGUCGAUUCCGCAACGAGUCUGCGACUCCGUAGCGACGCCGAUGCCGUCAACGUCUCUCAACUGGCUUGAUUUUACGUUGUUAAUCUAAUGGCUGAUAAUGUCGCAACGACGCCGACGCCGAUGCCGCCAGAAUUAUCUGUAGUAGUAAUAUUCAGAUCUAGAGGAAUUUUACAGAUUUGUGGUGAUUAUUCUCUACGGGUUUGAUUUUAUGUUUCUAAUAGGGUUUAGUUUUAUAUUAGUAGUAAUUUGUAUGCAGUAGUGAUUUAUUUGUAGGGAUUAUGAUUAAAUGUGUAGUGAUUUUGAUCAAGGUUUUCAUAGUUAUGGUAGCAUAUUUUUCCAUUCGUAGUAUUUUAUAUUUUGUAGUAGUGAUUCUCAUUAAAAAUUAUCAACCGCUACAAAUUAAAAAUUGUUAAAACA